CUCUUCUUACUCACCUUCACUUAGUUAUCGGAUAUUGGAUGCAAUCCGUCGCGUCAAGGAAGUUCGCAUGGCGGUUGGAUUGGAAACACAGCCUUAUCUCAAGGCCCAAUUGGCACAAGCUGCCGCUCAGGCUCAAGCACAAACUCAGACUCAAGCUCAAGCUCAAGUAAAUGCCCAAGGCCAAAAUCAAGCACAGAGCCAAAAUCAAACACAAGGCCAAAUACCAGCUCCUGUGCCUACGCCGCAACCCCAGCCCGCUCAAUUACAACCUACUCCCGUCUUGGCUGCGCCCGCACCGGCGCCAACACCAACUCCCCAGCCAGUUGCUGACCAGAAACCCAAGCCAACAAAGAAGAAAGCCGAUGCGACGCAGGCUUUUCAAAUCACCCCCGAGGUGUCACGCUCUUCCGCUACUCCUGCCCCACACCCCACGGUAAACCAGCUUCAAUCACAGCCACGCCACGCUACCUCCCCAUCACCCCGUGUAAGCGCGCCUUCACCGCUCCCAUCUGUACAGUCACCUGCACAAAGGUUCACACAAUCACCACGCCCUUCACCAUCGCAAGCGCCGCACUCCUCACCUCUCGCAGCUGGCUCACAACUUCCCCCAACAACACACCGCCCUCAACCCGCCCCUCAAUUCUUCGCAAUUGCUUCACCGCAAGGUUCUCAACCCAAAGCUGCUACCCCCCAGGUGGCUUAUCCAUCUCAGUCGACACCUUCCCCUGCACAAGCCGGGCAACAGGUUGGUGCAACGCAGCUGGCUGCUGGGCAACAUGUGAUGCAGCAGCAUCCUCAAACUCAAGGUCACGCUCAAGGGCAGAUGUAUCAGCUUCAACAAAUGCAACAGAUGCAACUGCACCAACAAGCCCGAUUGGCUCAGCAGGUUCAGGCGCAGGCGCAAGCUCAGGCUCAGGCGCAGGCUCAAGCUCAUGCUCAGGCCCAAGCUCAUGCUCAAGCCCAAGCUCAAGCCCAAGCUCAUGCUCAGGCCCAAGCUCACCCCCAUGCCCAGGCUCAAGUUCAAGUUCACCACGCACAACCUCAUCAGGCCCACCAGGUACAGGUGCAGGCACAGGCACAGGCUCAAAACCAGCCACAAGCUCACGUGCAAGCCGGACGUAUGACACCGCAGAAUUCACAAUCGCGAAGCCCCUUGCCGGGACAUCCUGCGGUUCGAAACAGCCCGAUGCUCCAGAACCAAGCCAGAGGUUCACCCAUGCUCCAAAAUCAGGCCAGAGGCUCACCCAUGCCCAAUUCUAAUCCGCUCCCACCCCAACCUGCACAAGCUGCACAGCACCCGGGCAUGUCACAGCAGUAUAACUUUCCAACAAUGCCGUACAGACCGCCUGGGCAGGACCAGCAGCAGCAGCACCCAAUGAUGUAUCAGAUGUAUCCAUAUAUGAGCUAUCCCAUGCCUGGACGAUUGCAGCCGAACUAUCCUCCGUGGGGUGUUGGACGGGGAAUGCCAAAUCAGGCUCAGGUGAAUGGGCAAGCAGCAGCAGGGAUGCAGCAGCAGCAGAUGCAGAUGCAGAUGCAAAUGCAAAUGGCAAAGCCUACACAGGGAGCAGGACGGUAGUAUGAUACUUGUAUUGUUAUUUGUGUUUCUAAUAAUGUACUACUGCGGUGUUGUGUGGAUUGCUUGUAUGUAUGGAAGGCGGACUACAGUAGGCUUAUUCGACAGUAAGAUAACAUCUAUGAUACAUUUUUAUUCUCUUUGAUCAAUGAUCAUCUGGAUUUCGAUUUCAAUUACAAUGCCGUGCAUGCAGUCGUGGACAGCAUAUCAUACGAAAGAUAUUAGGGGAAUUU